UAUCAUCAACAGUUUCAUCUACUUUCCUUGUGUGCAACAUCCUAAGAACUGCAACAUGAGAUUAUUUGUUAGUACCAUCCUCUUGACGAUAGCUGUAUGCAGAACGGAAGCAGGCUUUGCUUCAAGUUACGGUGACGGCGGCCAUGAAAUUGGCGGCGGCGAAACAGGUGGCGGUCAUGACAUAAGCGGAGGCGGCGGUCAUGAAAUAGGCGGCGAUGAAAAUGGCGGUCACGGUUGGGAAGGUGGAAGCAGUGAAAGUGGCCACUUUGAUUUUGGCAGCGAGGAAGGCGGUCAUUAUGGGGUCGAUGGAGGUUCAGAGCACCACCAUAUCCCAACCAAGACCAUCGAGCACACCCAUCCGGUUCAUGUUCCUGUAGUGAAGAAGAUUGGUGUUCCAGUUCCACAUCCAGUGGGUGUCCCGGUACCUCAGGUUAUCAAAGUGCCAGUACCACAACCUUACGCUGUACAUAUCAACGUACCACAGCCCAUAGCUGUACCAAUCUACAAGUUGGUGCCUCAGGAAAUCGAGAAAAAAGUCCCAAUAACCGUGGAAAAAAUCGUACCAGUCUAUGUUGAGAAGCCUUAUAAGAUCGUUAUGGAGAAACAUCAUCCAGUUCAUGUCGACAAGCCUUAUCCAGUACACGUUCCAGUUUACAAGCACGUCUACCACCACACACCCAAACACGGCGGCGGUGGUGGGAGCGGUAAAGGGGGGUGGCAUUAAACCAUAGUCAUCACCAUUUUAAAUUAUAAUCAUCCAGUCAUCUAAAACCUAAGAAUCAUCCACAUCAUCAUUGUUAUCUCUUUUUAUGUUUUUUGUUAUUUAAAUAAAC